UGUUUGAAGGACAUCCACGCUGCCCUUACUCAGAGGCAUUAUGCUGCUUGAGAAGCUUCAGGUGGUCAUGUCUCUUUCAAUAAGGGUUUUACCAUUGGGGAUAAGGCAACAGCAUUGCUCGCAUCCAGCUGUAAAAUAUGUUCAUGCAGAAACACGCUCGCUUCCAGAAUGUCCUUGCACACAUGAAACUUUUUUUUCUCUUUUGAAAUUAACGUCUCUCCAUGCUCACUUCCUCUUUUUUGGAGUGGGGGUUUCAAUUGUAGUUCUUUCCUGCUCCACCUCUCCCUUGCAAGCGGGCCAUUAUAUAACGGGAUCAUAGAAGCAGAAGGACAGAGGAAGACGGAAGGUUGAGAACCCUUCUCUUCUUCAAGGUCACAUUCAGAGCUGAUCAUGAUGUUCAAAGGAGUUGGCCUUGGACUCUUCGUAGUCCUGGCUGCGGUGCUGAUGCUGGGCACCUUUGCUGCGGAUUACGAGACCUUCCUGAGGCAGCACUACGAUAACCCCAAAAGCAAUGUGGGAAAUAACUACUGUAAUAAAAUGAUGCAAAGGCGCGGAAUGACCCAACCCAAAUGUAAGGAGGUCAACACCUUCAUCCAUGACACAAAGAACAAUAUCAUCGCUGUCUGUGGGGAUGGUGGAGAACCCAUCAAUAACAGAUUGCGGCGUAGCAAGAAACAGUUCCGGGUCACCACCUGCAAGAUGAAGGGAUCGUCCACCAAACCUCCUUGUGAUUACAGGGAAAACGAAUCACCCAGGUAUAUUGUCAUUGCUUGUGAGAACGGAUUGCCUGUGCACUAUGAGGAAGGCCAGAUUUAACAGUGUUUGAAGAUGAAAAGAAUUGAUCAGAUGGAGUCUCCCUCAAGAUGGCUUCUCUUCUACGGGAAAGAUCUCGGUUUCUGCUGAUCCUCUGGCUCAUGUCCUGAACUCUUUUUCAUGAUCUGUGCUCAAUUUCAACCAUUGUAACCUACGUAGAUGCUUCCCAGUGCUUUCCUUUUUUUCCUCUGUAGCCUACAACCAGCACAUAACCUAAAGUCUGAAUAUCCUAAAUUUUAUGUAAACGAGCAAUAAUACCUCUCCCAAAUGCUUUAAAUGAAUGAUUAAAAAUAAACAAAAAAGUUGCAU